ACAAGUCCACAACAACUUCUACUAAUAACAAGAACAACAACCCAUGCAACAUUUCUUGUUAUUUGAUUCAUAUUAAUUAUACAUCCUCAUAAUAAACUCACUCUAACAUGCAUUUCUUCUUUAUGUUGUCUUUGAAUUUCUUAUACAUAGUUGACUCAAUUAACUAGUGUGAAGCUUUUUAAAUUUUUUUAUUUUUUGUUUGUUGUUAUAGUCAUGGCUUGUGUUGAUGAAGAAUUACAAAAGCCAAAUUUUAAGCAUUUUUGUAGAGUUUGCAAGAAGGGUUUUAUGUGUGGGAGAGCUCUAGGUGGACAUAUGAGAGCUCAUGGGAUUGGAGAUGAGACUGCAAAUAAUGUGGAUGAUGAUGAUGAAGCUAGUGAUUGGGAAGACAAGUAUGGAGGAAGUGAUCAUAAGAAGAUGUACCAAUUAAGAGCAAACCCUAAUAGGCUAAAGAGCACUAAGGUAUGUGAGAAUUGUGGAAAAGAAUUCUUGUCAUGGAAAUCUUUUCUUGAACAUGGUAAAUAUUGUGGUUCAGAUGAUGGUGAUGAUGAUCAGUACUUGGUAUCAUCACCUGGUUCUGAUGGUGAGGAAUAUGAUAUUGGUGAAAGAAAAGGUUAUGGUUGGUCUAAAAGGAAAAGGUCCUUGAGGACUAAAGUUGGAACUUUUACUUCAACUUAUAAUAGUAAUACUUAUUCAAGUGAGCAAGAAGAUCUUCUUCUUGCAAAAUGGCUUAUAGAUUUAGCCAAUGGAAGGGUGGACCCAUUAACCGUCGAGCCGGAGGAGUCAUGCGCCUCCGCUAGUAAGGAGGAGGAGAGGCGGAACCCUAUAAUGGCCUACCUUAAUACUCUCGACCUCGUGAAUAAAGACAGAGAUCUCGAACAUCGUAGAAAAAGUGACUUCUUUAUCUUACCUAGCUUGGACAAGGCUAAGAGGACUCCCAAAGGAUUGUUUGAAUGUAAAGCAUGCAAGAAAGUAUUCAAUUCCCACCAAGCCUUAGGUGGACAUAGGGCAAGUCACAAGAAGGUUAAAGGAUGCUUUGCAGCCAAACAAGAUCAAUUAGAUCAUGAUAAUGAUGUGACCACACAUGGAGAUAAUAAUCACUUAGAAGGUUCAAAAUCAUCAUCUUAUUAUCAAUCCCAACAAGGGUCCUCAUUAGUAGAAGCUUCAAAGAGAAAAUCAAAAAUCCAUGAAUGUUCAAUAUGUCAUAGAGUUUUCUCAACAGGACAAGCUUUAGGUGGACACAAAAGGUGUCAUUGGAUCACUUCCAACUCUCAAGCUGAUCAUUCCUCUAUCUUCACACCAAAAUUUCAUUUUCACAAUCCCCUUGAACAAAUCAAUGAAAGUUCAGCCUUGGAGAAACAAGAUCCUUUGGACCUUAACAUCCCACCAGAUGAAGACAUGUCAAGAAUAAGGCAAGAACGGCCUUGGAAUAUAAUUAAUUCCUUAGAAGUUUCCACAGAUAUACACUUGCAUCCAUGGAGUAGUACAAAUAGUGAUCAUGAAAAAAAGGAAACAAAAGACAAUGUUGUUUACCACAAGAAUCGUGACCAAAAUGAGGAUGUCAACGUCAAGAAUCGCGAUAACAGCCACAACAACAACAAUAAUAAUAGCACUGACAAAAACAAUGGCGUCCGUCAAGAUAAUGCAACACAAAUAAUUAAUGUAGAAGAUGAUGAUGAAGCAGAUAGCAAGUCGAAGUUAGCAAAACUAAGUGACCUAAAUGAUAUCAAUACUAUUUCUGGCAAUCCUUCACAAUGGUUACAGGUUGGUAUUGGUCCAACACCAGAGGUUAAAGCUGACUCAUAAACUAUUUGCAUUUUUUCCCCUAUUUUUUUUUAAUUUUGGUUUUGGUUUUUUGUUUUCUCCUGUCUCACCAGGGUAUAUAUUUCUAUGCACAUACUGUAAUUAAAAGAUCCCAAAAAGAAAAAGAAAAAACUAUACAUACCCAUUGUUUAGUGAAAAUACAGUAUAUAGUUUGCUCCAUUUAUUCUUUGAACUCUGUUUUCUUGUAAACGAAUGAGAUAAAUAUAAUCGUGUUCCUUGCAUUUAACCUUUUGUCCA